AGAAACCAGUGAGAUGACUCGAAAAUCUACUAAAUUAAAGCCUGAUGCCAUGUUUGAACACAUAGAUCGGGGGUUCGCUGAAUCAAGCAAGUCUGAAAGCGAGGAACUGUUUGGAAGCUGGGAGACCCUGUCAGUGAGCCUACGAUGUGCCUGGCGGAAGAAGCCGCGGCUUUCCCGCAUGGCUUCCAGCGACAUUCAUUCAUAGCAGAGGCGACAACGACGUCUGAACUCCUCCCUUCGUGCGCAACAUCAUUUGCGCAUCAACAUAUAAGUCACACACGUACACCUAGCAACCUCCACACCGCCCAGCGGCCGACCUUCAUCAUGGCGGAGCAAGCUAAGUAUUACGAGAUGUAUCGCAACGCGAGCAUCGGCAGUACACUUGCAGAUACUCUGGACGAUCUCAUCAGCAGUCGUCGUAUCGAGCCUCAACUUGCGAUCAAGAUCAUGACGAAUUUUGAUCAGGUCAUCGCCCAGGUGCUUGGCGAGAAGGUCAAGGCAAGAAUGAGCUUUAAGGGGCAUCUUGACACCUACCGCUUCUGCGACGACGUCUGGACUUUCAUUCUCAAAGACAUCAAAUUCAAACUGGAUAACUCCCAGACGAUUGAGGUCGAGAAGGUUAGAAUUGUCAGCUUGUUGAACGCCAACUCACCCCACAACAAUGGUAAGAAGUAGAGCUAUUCCCGGGGUUGCUUUCGUACGGAAACGGCUCUUGCAAAAGAGAGUCUACAGAGGAAAGAGAGGAAGAAGAAGAAAGUCGAGAGGGCGAACGAGAGGAAACAGUGUCAUCGGUCCUGGGGAUUUGGCACAUAGGCGCAUCAAAGUGGCGUUGAGGGGUAUUAAUGGGACAUGAAUUCAAGGGAUGAGAUAUCACAGUGGAAAGGAGUCAGUCGAGGCACUAUGCAAGCUUAUUGAGAACACAUGCUGUCAUGAAAGCUAUUACU